AUGAAGUUCGACUGCCUGUCCUUCCGACAGCCCUAUGCCGGCCUGGUACUGAACCGAGUCAAGACCCUGGAGACGCGCUGGCGUCCGCUGCUGAGAGGCCACAGUAGUCGGACCCUGGCCGUGCACAUCGCCCGCAGAGACUGGGAAGAUGACACCUGGCGGGAGGUGUUGCAGGACAGGCUGGGGAUGACCCCGGCCCAGAUCCAGGCCCUGCUGCAGGACGGGGAGCGGUUCGGACGAGGGGUGAUUGCAGGGCUCGUGGACGUGGGGGAGACAGUGCAGUGCCCCGAAGACCUGGCUCCCGAGGAGGCUGCUGAGCUGGAAACGCAAGCCCUGCUUCCAGGCUUACAACACAAGUACCUGACCACACUCUCCAACCCACGCUGGCUGCGGGAGCCCAUACCCAGGGCAGGGGGCAAGGACCUCUUCCAAGUGGACAUCCCGGAACACCUGAUCCCCUCAGGACAGGAGGCCUGA